CACCUUACGUAUGUACACCUUGUCUCUGUGUCAGCUGUCAAAACAACUCCAAGCACGGUGUCGGAAGGGGAAAAAAGGCAAACACGAAAAGAUCAGCAAUGCUGCCGAGCGCAAAAUUGGUUGCGCAUCUUGCCUUGGCGAGACGAUGCGUGCACACUACAGCAAGCGUGGCAAAGUCACAAUCAGGUCGGUACAAGAUAUCGCCGAAAGGGGACCGUCCUCUUACGUAUGAAAUGGCAAAUCCUCCGCAUCAGAUAGCGCAUCGGAAAGCAUGGAACUCGUGGAACACUUCCAAUCUAGAAGGUGAACUGCGCCCAUCGCAAACCAUGCUGGAGGACGAUUUCAUUCGCCGGUUCAUGGCGGGCACCUGGCACGGUCUGGUGCUGUCCGAAGUGAUCAUCAAGCGGCAGCACAAUCAUGUGCGUAUAGCAGCGAUCAUUAGCCGGUCAAUUCCGGCAAGGAAAAUGUACUUCCUGAUUGGGUACUGCGAGGAGCUGCUCGCGUACUGGUUGCAGUGUCCGGUUACGCUCGAGCUGCAGACCACCGAUGAUAGGAAGGAUGUAAUCUUUAAGUACAUCUAAAUGGCCCAAAUGCAUUUUUGCGCACUGUUAGUAUAAUAGGCCACAACACACGGAUGCAUGAUUGUAGCAUGUAAAUAAGAUAAAAGAAGACUAAAUACUACGAAAAAGGCACACAACAGGA